AUGAAGAAAACUAAACCGUGCUGCACAAAGAGAGCCCCAAAUGAUGAAGAAGGAGAAGAAGAGCACGAUCAGAAAUCCUACAUUCUGCAAUUGCCAGACCACUUAAUGGUGCAGAUCUUCUGCAAAAUCACAACCAAAACGCUCAUUCAAUGCAAGCGUGUGUGCAAGUCUUGGCGUUGUUGGCUUGCAGACCCUCAAUUCACCAGUGACCUACUCUCACGAACGCCCGCUUCCCUUUUGGUCUCUGGCUACCGCACACCCACAUCCAAGGACACUGGGCACUUCUUCAUCGACCUCGACAGGGCUUCGACCCUGAACCGGGCUUCGAGCGACGUCGUGUUGAAGCUUUUCAGUAUAAAGCCAAAUGUCCAGAGUAGUAGGGGUAUACACAUUGUGGGUUCCUGCAAUGGCUUCCUCUGCCACGAGUUGCUUUCUCACGUCAGCAACCAACUGUACAUAUCUAAUCCCGUGACGGGUGAGUCUUUAUCUCUUCCAGAACCCACUAAUCCUUGUAGAACUUCUCCUGGUAAGUAUGGAUUUGGGUUUAGUUCCAUCAGUAAUGUGUAUAAAGUAGUCCGGAUUAUGUCUCCAAUCAAAGGGUCCGAGGUGCAAGCAAUGGUUUUAAAUGUGGGGUCUGGGAUUUGGAGAGACAUUGGGGCCUCUGUCAACUCUUUUGGUAUAACUGGUAAUGGGAUUUAUCUCAAUGGGUUUCUUCAUUGGAUUGGUCGGCGGCGUAGUGAGGGUUCUCUUUUGAUAUGUGCCUUCGACAUUGAAAGCGAGCACUUCCGAGAGUUGCCACUACCGCCUUGUUCUUUGGACCUGAAAAAAACUCGUGUUCAGCUUGGAGUGUUGAAAGGUUGGCUCUGCCUCAUUAUUAGCUCCAGAGUUAAAAUCAAUGUUUGGGUGAUGAAGGAUUAUGGUGUGAAGGAGUCUUGGACUAAAGAGCAUGAAAUUAGAGACCCACUUGGUUGUUUUGGUACUAAAAUAUUGAAAUUUACAGGGAAAGGGAAAGUCUUGGUGUUACAUUUGUCUCACUUGCACGCUUAUACUCCGGCAACAAUGGGACUUGUGUGGGUUGAGGUUGAUGAGUUACCUGCAAUGGUUGUGGAGGCAUGGGACCUUAUUCCAAGCUUUAUUUCACUUAAAGAUAUUACCAAAGGGUUAGAGCUCCCAGGUACUUUAUGUCAAACCUUGCUAUGUGCAUUUUAA